UAACAGGGUGCACAGCAGAGCAGGACUCUUGUGAUUUUGAGCUUUGGUUUUGUUUUAUAAAGCCAUCUCUCUAUUAUUUUUCCUUUUUUUUUUUUUUUUUUUGAUGAGUUUACUCAUGUUUGGUUUCAGUAAAUGAUAGCUCUGGCUCUAUGAAAAACAUUAGUGUGUCCCUCGGUGGCAGGGUGCUAGGUCCCUUAUGGAAGGUAAGGGACAGGGAAUUAAAAAAGGAAGAGGAGGGAAGUAUUCAGGUUCAUUGAGGAGAAUGAGUGGCUCCUUCAAACGCACUUCAUUGAAGGGCUCGGCAUCUGGAUCUCAGAAGGGUCAAAAGGCUUGGAUAGAGAAGACCUUUUUAAAAAGAGAAUGCAUCUAUAUAAUUGCCAACAACAAAGACACUAGCAGGUGCUGCUGUGGCCAGCUCAUUAGUCAACAUAUUCCACCCCCUCCAAGUAUAACAGCUAACAAAAAUGGAGAGGAAACAAAGCAGUUGGAAACGCAUCCAGAAAAAUGGUCUGUCAGUAAGCACACCCAAACAUGCCCAACAGAUGCCUAUGGAAAUCUUGAAUUCCAGGGAGGUGGGCAUUCAAAUAAGGCCAUGUAUAUCCGUCUGUCAUAUGACACCAAGCCAGAUUCGCUGCUUCAUCUCAUGGUGAAAGACUGGCAACUGGAACUCCCCAAACUUUUAAUCUCUGUCCAUGGGGGCCUUCAAAACUUUGAAUUACAACCUAAAUUGAAGCAAGUAUUUGGGAAAGGCCUGAUCAAGGCUGCCAUGACAACAGGGGCCUGGAUUUUCACUGGAGGAGUUAGUACUGGUGUAAUUCGCCACGUUGGAGAUGCCCUGAAGGAUCAUUCUUCCAAGUCCAGAGGACGCAUAUGUGCCAUAGGAAUUGCACCAUGGGGCAUUGUAGAAAACAAAGAGGAUCUGAUUGGGAAAGAUGUGACAAGAGUUUACCAGACAAUGUCAAACCCUCUCAGUAAGCUCUCUGUGCUCAACAGUUCUCACACACACUUCAUCCUAGCAGACAACGGCACAUUGGGCAAAUAUGGAGCUGAAGUUAAAUUGCGACGUCAGCUGGAGAAACACAUCUCCCUUCAGAAAAUUAACACACGACUGGGACAAGGUGUGCCUGUAGUUGGGCUCAUAGUUGAAGGAGGUCCCAAUGUGAUCUCAAUUGUGUUGGAAUGUCUGCGAGAAGAGCCCCCUCUCCCCGUGGUGAUCUGUGAUGGCAGCGGACGAGCAUCUGACAUUCUGUCCUUUGCGCACAAGUACUCAGAAGAAGGGGGGGUAAUAAGUGAAUCUCUGAGAGACCAGCUUCUAGUCACUAUUCAGAAAACCUUUAACUACAGCAGGAACCAGGCUCAUCAGCUGUUUGUCAUUCUCAUGGAAUGUAUGAAGAAAAAGGAACUUAUCACUGUGUUCCGUAUGGGCUCCGAGGGACAGCAGGACAUUGAGAUGUCUAUCUUAACUGCUCUGCUAAAAGGCACCAAUGCAUCUGCACCAGAUCAGCUGAGCUUGGCAUUGGCCUGGAACCGCGUAGACAUUGCACGUAGCCAAAUCUUUGUCUUUGGACAUCACUGGCCGCCUUUAGGAAGCCUGGCAGCUACAGAUGGCACAGCACUAGAGAAGGAGAAGAAAUCCCCAGGAGCUCAAACUAAAGCACCCAGAGGGAAAGGCAAAGGGAAGAAAAAGGGAGGAAAAGCAAAAGAGGAGCCAGAAGAAGAAAUGGAUCCACGGAAGAUUGAACUACUGAACUGGGUCAAUUCUCUGGAGCAGGCUAUGCUGGAUGCACUAGUAUUAGAUCGAGUUGAUUUUGUGAAACUCCUGAUUGAAAAUGGAGUGAACAUGCAACGCUUUCUUACUAUUCCUCGACUUGAAGAGCUUUAUAAUACUAGGCUGGGUCCACCAAACACACUGCAUUUGCUAGUCAGAGAAGUGAAAAAGGGAAAUCUUCCACCAGAUUAUCAUAUCAGUCUGAUAGAUAUCGGUCUUGUACUUGAAUACCUCAUGGGUGGAGCUUACCGCUGCCACUACACUCGAAAAAGUUUCCGGACCCUUUACAAUAACUUAUUUGGACCAAAGAGGCCAAAAGCUCUUAAACUUUUAGGAAUGGAGGAUGAUGAACCUCCAUCCAAAGGGAAGAAGAAAAAGAAGAAAAAGGAGGAAGAGAUAGAUAUUGAUGUGGAUGACCCAGAAGUCAGCCGCUUUCAGUACCCUUUCCAUGAGCUCAUGAUAUGGGCAGUGCUGAUGAAACGGCAAAAGAUGGCUCUCUUCCUUUGGCAACGAGGAGAGGAAACCAUGGCCAAGGCACUGGUGGCAUGCAAACUGUACAAAUCCAUGGCCCAUGAGUCUUCAGAGAGUGAGCUGGUGGAUGAUAUCUCUCAAGAUCUAGACAAUAACUCCAAAGACUUUGGCCAACUGGCAGUUGAGUUGUUAGAUCAGUCCUACAAACAUGAUGAACAAAUUGCCAUGAAAUUACUGACCUAUGAACUGAAAAACUGGAGUAACUCCACCUGUCUAAAACUUGCUGUAGCAGCUAAGCACAGGGACUUUAUUGCUCAUACUUGCAGCCAGAUGCUGUUAACAGAUAUGUGGAUGGGGCGGCUACGCAUGCGGAAAAACCCAGGCCUUAAGGUGAUCAUGGGAAUUCUCUUCCCACCUACCAUCCUGUUUCUAGAGUUUCGCAGCUAUGAUGAUUUUUCUUAUCAGACAUCAAGAGAAAAUGAAGACAACAAAGAAAAGGAGGAGGAGAAUGUGGAUGCAAAUGCUGACACAGGCUCCCGAAAGGGAGAUGAAGAGAAUGGAAACAAAAAGCAAAGAAGCCUUCCAAUUGGAAAAAAGAUCUAUGAAUUCUAUAAUGCACCUAUUGUUAAGUUCUGGUUUUACACGAUCUCAUACCUGGGUUACUUAAUGCUUUUCAAUUAUAUAAUCUUGGUUCGGAUGGAGCGCUGGCCCUCACUCCAGGAAUGGAUUGUCAUCUCCUAUAUUGUCACUUUGGCUUUGGAGAAGAUAAGAGAGAUUCUCAUGUCAGAGCCAGGAAAGCUGAGCCAGAAAGUGAAAGUCUGGCUUCAGGAAUACUGGAAUAUCACUGAUCUGGUGGCUAUUUUAGUAUUUAUAAUUGGAGCAAUUCUUCGCCUACAGAAUCAGCCUUACAUGGGUUAUGGAAGAGUGAUUUACUGCGUGGAUAUCAUUUUUUGGUACAUUAGAGUACUGGAUAUCUUUGGUGUGAACAAGUAUCUGGGACCCUAUGUCAUGAUGAUUGGAAAGAUGAUGAUUGACAUGCUCUAUUUUGUGGUCAUCAUGCUUGUGGUUCUCAUGAGCUUUGGAGUUGCCCGCCAAGCUAUCUUGCACCCAGAUGAAGAGCCCUCUUGGAGACUGGCCCGCAAUAUCUUCUAUAUGCCCUACUGGAUGAUCUAUGGAGAGGUGUUUGCAGACCAGAUAGACCGUAAGAGUAGAAUUCAUACUCCUUGUGGAGAUAAUCUUUAUGACGAGGAUGGUAAACGCCUCCCUCCCUGCAUACCUGGGGCUUGGCUCACUCCUGCUAUCAUGGCCUGUUACCUCUUGGUAGCAAACAUUCUGCUGGUAAAUCUACUGAUCGCUGUCUUCAACAAUACCUUCUUUGAAGUGAAAUCCAUAUCCAACCAAGUUUGGAAGUUCCAGCGAUAUCAGCUGAUCAUGACAUUCCAUGACAGGCCUGUCCUCCCUCCACCAAUGAUCAUCUUCAGCCAUCUCUACAUAAUCCUCAAGCGCAUCUGCUGUCGCUGUAAGAAGAAAAGGGAAGGGGAUCAGGAUGAGCGCGACCGGGGAUUGAAAUUGUUUCUGAAUGAUGAAGAGCUGAAGAAGCUGUAUGAAUUUGAAGAGCAGUGUGUCGAGGAAUACUUUCAGGAAAAGGAGGAUGAACAACAAUCAUCAAAUGAUGAACGUAUCAGAGUUACAUCUGAAAGAGUUGAAAAUAUGUCUAUGAGGUUAGAAGAAGUAAACGAAAGAGAACAUUUUAUGAAAGCUUCUCUUCAGACAGUUGACCUUCGACUUUCUCAACUGGAAGAGCUCUCUGGUCGGAUGGUGAAUGCUCUUGAAAAGCUGGCAGGUAUUGACAAAUCUGAACUGAUGCACACACGCUCACGGGCUUCCUCGGAAUGUGAUACUGCCUAUCUCCUAAGGCAAAGCAGUGUCAACAGUUCUGAUGGCUACAGCAUGUACCGAUAUCAUGUUGGUGGCGAUGAGUUAAUAUGUGAUGACAGUACUGCCCCCAUGUCACCAGCCUUGGGAUUACGCAAAAAGGCAUAUUCUAUUGGUACAAAAGAAGAGAAAAAUGGAGUGGGCUCAAAGAUGCAACUGGUUCCAGGACGCCAUAGUAGUCUCCGCUGUGCCUCCAGUGCUAAUGCAGUUUCCACUACAGAUGAUGGUAAAGCUACAUUAGAAAUUGCAAAGAAUGUUACUAGACCCCGUUCUGGUUCAGCUGGUUUUGCUUAUGUGAAGCAAGGGAUUUUCAAGAGUGAUGAAACAAUUCCUCAACAUAUUAACCAGUCAAAUAUUGUUAUGAAUGGGCAAUCAGUACCAAAACCAAAUUUUCAGAACACUCAGUUAACUGUAGAAAGGACCAAAUUAGAAGCUACUAUCUCUUAUCCCUUGGAGAAAUCUAAGGAAAUGCGCUAUUACACUCCUGAAACUUUCAGUGCUUAUCAAACAACCAUGAUGAAGUCUAGGAGUUUUAUAUUUGCCCAUGGAGGGAAAUUGGUUGGAGGGGUUAACAACUGGACCACAGAAUAUAGUACCGUAUUGGAUCAAGUGGGCCCUUCUGCAGUUGAACAGUGGGCUAGUGAAUGGAAAUAUGAGGUUGAACAGGAACUCUCUCAGGAGCGUCCCCCAGAAUAUCCUGGUUUUGUGUGUGAAGCAGAAAGGCAGGCAGAACAAAAACAGAUACUGACAGAUACGGAAGAUGACAGUGAUGUUGGUGAAACAGGUGUCAGUGCCUCUUACUCUUCCACACCUGUUACCAACAAGGCUGAGACGGAAAAUUUAUUGUCUGUGAAAUCAGACAGAACUUGUGGAUUCCCAUCUGUACGGUCAAAGAGUUUACACAGCCAUUCACAGGAAGGCAAGUCCAUGAAGGACAAAUUAAAUAGACCAGGACAUGCCAGCAGCGUAUCAAGCCUAGUGGUUGCCUGUGGCAGUGAAGAACAAAAUGCUAAGCAAGAGAGUGCUUCCACUGAAACAGAGUGCUAAAAUGGCUGUCAGCCCACGUGGCAGCAAUCAUCAGGAAUCUGACUGGGUUAAUGUAACCAAUUUACCACUAAACAUAACUUUUUUAUGUUAAUUUCUACAAAAGAAUUGUGCAUUUACUGAUUUGCUAUAUUGUUUAUGCAGUAGAAAUAAUAAUGUUCUGUUCUUUGUGGAUUGGGUGAAGGGGAGACAUUCCUUCUAGGGGUGGAUGUAAGGUUAGGUAGGACUCACAGAUGCUAAGUGCCCAGGGCUUUUUGAGCCCUGCUGCCCCCUCUAACUGCAAUUCAUGUUACUGGAUCUUUGUUAGAGAUUAAUGACAAAUGGGAAAUAUUUUCAUUACAAAGUUUGGACAUGCAGACCCACACACACACGCUCUCUCUUUUCCACUGGGAACUUCUGAUCAGCUGUGGUCUUUAUUUUUACACAUGCAACACAUGCACGUUCUUAUGGACAAGUGUUCUUUAGACCAAAAGGAGUAGAAAAAAUGCAAAGGAACGUUUGGUAAUCCCAGCCCUUCACCUCUGAUUUCUGGGAUAGUGAUUGGUUAUAUAACUUAGGAAUGUACAAGCUCAAGUGACUUUUGGUCAACAAAAUGGCUAUGAAUGGAAAAAUACAGGUUCCUCCAAACACAGGAGUAUUUGCAAGUCAUUGAUUUGAUUUGGUAGCAAAGUAUGUGACCUCUCUUAGAACACAGGCAAUAACAUUUUGUUUUCUGUUACUGCUCUCUUAGUAUAUAGGCAUAUGUACAGUUAAUGUUAUACUUGUCAAACACAGCUGAUGGGCUUAAAUUGUGGCUUUAAAUUUAAACUACUGCCUUCAAGAGGUUGGCUUACAAGGAAAAUAUAACUUGUCUCACUCUAUCUCCACCAUGCAGUUGGUCCAAUAAAAGAUAUCACUCAAAGAAUCCUUGCCUCAAUGAAAAUACAAAUAUUGUAAAUGGCAAUGAUCAUUUUUCCAAAACAGUAAUGAGGGAUAAAAAUAGAAAAUAACCCAAGACUUGCAUUAGUGGCUUGCAUAA